AUGCCUUCAAACGGCAUUUUCAAGAACUCAAGUGCAACUUCAGUUGUGGGAAACAGUCAACUGUGUGGGGGAAUACCUGAGAUGCAGUUGUCUAAAUGCAACUUUGGAAAGAAAAGAAAAGAACCCACUUCAAGUUCUUCCAAAAAUUUGCGUUUAAAUUUGUCGUACCAAAGUCUCCUAAAAGCCACCGAUGGGUUCUCCUCCACAAAUUUGCUUGGCGUGGGUAGUUUUGGAUCCUUAUAUAAAGAAAUCAUUCACGAGGGUCAAAUGACCAUUGCUGUCAAGGUGCUUAACCUUUUGUACUAUAGAGCUUCCAAGAGCUUUCUAGUUGAGUGUCAGGCCCUGAGAAACAUUAGGCAUCAGAAUCUUGUAAAGAUACUCACAGUUUGUUCAGGUGUUGAUUAUCAGGGUAAUGAUUUCAAGGCUCUAGUUUAUGAAGUCAUGGUCAAUGGUAGCCUUGCAGAUUGGUUGCAUUCGACUGCUACAGAGGAUGAGUCGCACCAAGAGUAGAGGAAUCUGAAUCUCUAUUAGAGAUUGAAUAUUGCCAUUGAUGCUGCGAGAGUAUUGGAAAAUCUCCAUUAUCAUUGCCAAACACCAAUCCAGCACUGCGACUUCAAGCCGAGCAAUGUUCUUGUAGAUGAUGAAAUGAUUGGACAUGUCGAAGACUUUGGGUUAACGAGAUUCUCUCCCAAAGCUGACCAUAACUCUUCAGCUAAUCAGUUGAGCUCUAUUGGCAUAAGAGGAAUUAUUGGUUAUGCGGCUCUGGGUCCCGUGGUUUUUCCCUUCACAUCGGAGGGUUUUCCACGUACAAAAUUUGGUGUCUUGCUUGUGGUGAUUGCUGGAUCUAUUUCUCUCAUGGUCUUUGGAUGA